GUUGGAUUGGCGGCAGGUGACUAUGAUGGGCUCUCUGGGGCUUCCACGUUGUUUGUCGCCGGCGGUGUUGGUGUUUGUGCUCGGCCUGUCCAGCAGGAUCAAGGUUCUAAUCAGAGGAAAAUGAGUCUUCAAUGGACGGCUGUAGCGACCUUCCUCUAUGCGGAGGUGUUCCUGGUGCUUCUUCUCUGCAUUCCCUUCAUAUCCCCCACAAGGUGGCAGAAAAUCUUCAAAUCUCGCCUGGUGCAGCUAAUAGUGGCAUAUGGGAACACGUUCUUUGUGGUCCUGAUAGUCAUCCUGUUAUUGCUGCUCUUGGAUGCAUUUCGGGAGAUCCAGAAGUAUGGUGUUGGGGAUCAGGUGGACCUCAAGAACAACCCAGUGGCUGUGGAGCAUAUCCAUAUGAAGCUGUUCAGAGCCCAACGUAACCUUUACAUCGCUGGAUUCUCCCUCCUGCUGGCUUUCUUGCUGAGACGCCUUGUCACCCUGAUAUCCAAGCAAGCCACCAUCAUUGCAUCCAACGAGGCCUUCAAGAAACAGGCUGAGAGUGCAAGCGAUGCCGCCAAAAAAUUCAUGGAUGAGAAUGACAAAGAAGAAGCAACUAAAGGCCGCAGGGUUAGAGGUCUGCGAUGUGUCGGAGAGCAACGCUGAGGAGGAUAAUAAACUACUUAAAGGAGAAGUCAAGAAGCUCAAAGAUGAACUGCAAUCCACCAAGAAAUCACUGCACAAGUCUGAGAAUGAAGUGAUCGCCAUCAAGAAGCAGAGUGAGGGCUUAACAAAGGAAUACGACCGGCUGCUGGAUGAAUAUUCUAAAUUACAGG